AGCACCCAGCACACUGCAGGGGUUGGGGAAGAUAAAUAAUAAAGGGCCCAUCCCCUUAGUGGGAUCAGUUACUGACUUUAGUGAGGUGAGCUUGGCCCAAAGACUCUGUUUCCACAGACCAGAGAUAAGGAAGAUGCUGUGACUGAGUUUGUGUCAAUUUUGCAUUGGGUCUUGUUUCUAGUUUAUAAGGAAAGUGCAACGGUGAGAAUCCCAGAGCUUGUCUUCUGAGCAGCCAUGGGACGCCGAAGCUUCGCAUUCCCUCCAAUGUUUUUCUACCUUGGACUGUUCUGGUUUCCGCCACCAGCAAGCACCCAGAGGACAAACAGAAUUGGCACAUGUCAGACUGAGACUCUGGGAAGAGAAUUCAUCACUUCCUAUAUGGAUGAGUGUGGGAACUCUAGUCAGUUUGAAGUGCAAAUUAGUGGCUACUUUGCCUUCACUUCAGUGUUCGUUUCCAUCUCCAAUUACACGGGUGACGGGACAAAGUUUGAGAAGAAGAUUAUGGUAAAUCAGGGCGAGAUGGUGUGGGUCAAGCUACCAGACUCAGUGGGAAUUAAGGGCUCUACCAAGUUCCCCAAUGUAGUCCUAGUCAAGGCUGACAAAGAUAUCUCAGUAGUGUCUAUCAGAAACAAACAUGUGAUCCCUGAGACCACUGUGCUGUAUCCUGUCUCCAGCUUGGGAAAUGAACACUACAUAGUGACUCCCUCCACACAAUCCUUAGAUAGUUACCCAGAGUUCUCUGUUAUGACGUACGAAGACUGCAACUCUGUGAAGGUCCAUGUAAAAGGCAAGUUACAUUACCUAACACAGGUCUACUCCACUGGCAACAAACUGGAAAUUAAGCUCCGCGCUUUCGAAGGCUACCAGUUUCAAGGCAUAGCAGAUCUGUCUGGAACCAGGAUUGUCUCAGAAAAACCAGUGGCUGUCUUGGUUGGCCAGGGGUGUUUUUGUAAUAACACAAAAUGCAACCAUGUCGUUGAGCAGCUCCUACCAGUUUGCAGCUGGGGUAGAACAUACAUCAUUCCUCCCUUACCCUGGCAGACAGUAGAUGAAAUAGUCUACAUCACUGCUUCCCAGAGCACAACUGUGUUGUAUCAACUAGGGGAACAGCCAGAGACCGUUACUCUAGCAGGAGGCAGUGUGCUCCAGCGUCCUGUCAAGCCCUCGAUCCCAGUCUACAUCUCUGCUAAUGUGAGCAUCCAAGUGGUGUUCUACAGCAUGGGCUCAGCUGUCCCUAAUUCCUCCCACGCCUUCCUGAUGAAUGUUCCAGAUGUUGCCAAUUACUGCCGGAUGUAUUCAAUAAAUGUCCAGGAGGGCUUUGAGAACUUUGCCUUGAUGAUAGCCAGUACAUCUGAGUCUGGUGCCAUCAUCCUAGACAAUCAGCCUCUAAGUGAUGUGAUGUGGAACCCAGUCGCUGGCACUGAUUUCUUUUGGGGCAUGCUUACACUUGGACCUGCCAUCAGCUCCCAUGCCGUGGAACAUCUCAGCUCUCCAUUUGCGCUCCUGAGUGUUGGCACUGCUGCCAUGGACAGCUAUGGGAUUCCAGGUUCCUGCAGGAAGAAUGUUACCUUUAAAUGCCAGAUUGAGACUCUACAGAUAAAAGAGCAGUUGGAGAGGUGCAAAGAUGUCUUUCUGCAGGGCAGCAACAGUGAAUUUUGCUCCUUCAUGAAUUCAACCUUAAUGAAUUUGGAGACCAUGUGUGCAGAGGACAGAGCAGUAUCGCUGGAGGAAGUUGCUCGUCCCAUUGGUCCCUUCCUGAAUAACUCCACCCUCAGUGCUGGUGGGAAGGAGAGCAAGGGGGAGGUGGCCUUCACCGUGACGUUCCUUCUGCAGAGUGUGGAAUUGGCUGCACUGACAGCUGCUUUGAAGUCUCCGGAGCAUAGGACCCAGACCGUGAUAACAGAGUCCAUGGCUAUCGAGACGCUCCUAGUUGUGCCGGCUGCAGGUCCCUGUGAUGAGGUCUUCAGGCUGAGGGCUCAGGAGGAGACAAUGGACAUUCACUGCAAUACGGUCACCAAAGCAGCGACAGAAGAUUCUGUGGCUGUUACUUUUAUUUCUUACUCCACCCUGGACUCCAUCAUUAACAAGAGAUUUCGCAACAAGGAAGAUCUAACGGCUGAUGAGAAAUUGAGGAAUUUUCACCUGAAUUCCAGGGUGGUGAGUGGGGCUAUCGGAGCUGGGAGGCACAUGAACCUCUCCAAACCUGUGAACUUCACCCUGCGCCAUAGACAGGAAAAGAAAGAGGAGGAAGAGACUUGCUGUGUUUGCUGGAAAUUCGUCGCUGGGAAAGGCACCUGGGUUGAGGAUGGCUGCACUGUUCUCCACACGAACAGCACUCACACCAUCUGCAGCUGUGACCAUCUCUCCAGCUUCGCACUCCUUAUGGGUCUCACCAGAGUGGAGGAGAGUGUCCCACUGACCAUCAUCACCUAUGUGGGACUGACCCUCUCCCUGCUGUGCCUCUUCCUCGCCAUCCUCACCUUCCUCCUGUGCCACUCCAUCCGCAAUGUCAGCACCUCCCUUCAUCUGCAGCUCUGCCUCUACCUGGCCAAUCUGCUCUUCCUCACCGCAGUGAAGCGCACCGGCAUUCGGGUGGUCUGUGCUGUCAUUGCUGCCCUCCUACACUACCUCUUCCUGGCCUGCUUCACCUGGAUGUUCCUGGAGGGGCUGCACCUCUUCCUCGCCGUCAGGAACCUGAAGGUCGUGAAUUACACCAGCACCAGCUGGUUCAAGAAGAGAUUCAUGUAUCCGUUCGGCUAUGGAUUCCCAGCCCUGGUGGUGGCUAUUUCUGCAGCUGUGAAUCCUGAAGGCUAUGGAACUUCCACACAAUGCUGGCUCAGCCUGGACAGAGGAUUUCAUUGGAGCUUUCUGGGUCCAGUCUGUGCCAUAAUCCUGAUAAAUGUAACAUUUUUUAUUGUAACCCUCCGGAUCCUGAGAGACAAACUCUCCUCCCUUAAUGAAGAUGUAUCCACUCUCAAAGACACCAGACUACUGACUUUUAAAGCUAUCGCCCAGCUAUUCAUUCUGGGCUGCACAUGGAGUCUUGGUCUCUUCCAAGUUGGCUCAGCAAAAAUGGUCAUGGCGUAUUUAUUCACCAUUGUCAACAGCCUGCAGGGAGUCUUCAUCUUCCUGGUGCACUGUCUCCUCAAUCGCCAGGUGAGAGAGGAGUACAGGAGAUGGAUUAAAAGCACAAGAAAACCCAACCCCACAACUCAAAAUUUUACUGUGUCUGUGUCCACUGUAACUACCAGAGCCAAGAUGAUGGGCCAUCCCCACCGGAGAGUUAACACUGCAUGGAAUUUACUCUGGCUCCAUAACCUUUACUGGGAAAGGAUCCAGAAGUUUUGUCUGGAGGGAAAAGUGGAGACUUAUAUAUGGAAAAACUUCCCUGCUCCAGUCCCAACACAAGAAGACACAACCUUUGUCUGGAAGUGGACAUUUCUGGUUUAUUUAGAGCAGCCUAUAUUACCUGUGAGUUGGUGGGGGAAGGGAGCGGGCUUUGUCUACUUUUGUUUAGUUAUUUCCCUGCAUGUGAUGUCACUUCAGCGGAAGCUGGCUGCAUUUUGCAGACUCUGCACUAUUCCUGAAUGAGGACCCAUUCCUGAUCCCAUUAAAGUUGACUGAAGUUUUCCCAUGGGAUUGGCACUCAAAGUAUAUUUGUUUUGCGGGCAGGUGAGUUGGGGAGAGCCCUCCACUUCAUCUCUAUGAAACAAUCACCUCUCCAACCAACAAUGUUUAUCAUACAGUCGGCUUUGCUGUGCCAGUGGGGCAGGUGCUUCAGCUGCCAUUCUUCAUCACAACUACAUACAAAAUCUGGAAGGGGAAGCGUGAUUGGACCAAAUCCUCUCUCUGAUCCAAAUCCACAACUCCUACUGAAUUCAAAGGGCACUCUAAGGUUGUAUCUGGGUGUCUCUCCCAGAUUUAAAGGGCCAGAUCCCAGGUCAGAGAGCAGUUAUUUCAUAGGGAAAGCACAUCAUGUGGGCGGGUGUGUGUGUGUGUAUGGCGAUUUGCAGAGCCCUCGCAUGUUAUGUGUGUGAGCUAGCUCUGCUGUUUCACCAUAAUGUGUAAAUAAUAAAAUAACCUGCUUAUGGACCUUGGUUGCUUCUUUGGUGUGAGGGGUUGCUAUCUGUGUAUCCUGGAAACCUAGAGCCCAAUUCUAAAGCCUCUUUAUGCCAAUCUGGCAGUAUAAAGGGACUUUAAAGUGGGCAGA